AUGCGGCGCGUCCAUCACGCCCUGCAGCCGCCGCCGCAGCCUCCUCCCGAACCGCAGCCCACCCGCACGGUCCCGCGGCACCGGCGGCGGAACCUUUUCCCGGGAGGGGUCCUCGGGGGUGUUCCCGGGAGGAAUCCCGAGGGAAAGGGCGGGAGAGGGGCCACCCAGCACCUGCCACGGGAAAAGCGGCGAUGCCCCCGCGACGCUCCCGCCAUCGCCGACAUCGACCCACCGCAUCCCGCAUCCCGGCCCGCUCUGCAGCACGGCGCGGGGAAGCCGCCGCCUCGCCUCGCCCCGGCUCCCGCCGCCCUCCGCAUCCCCCACCGGUCCCGGUCCCGGUCCCGCAGGGGCAUCCCCCGCCGGGCCCCCGGCCCCGCUCACCCCGCGGCGCGGCGGCCCCGCUACGGGCGGCGGUCUCCGGGAGGGCGGGCGGGCAGCGCUCGCCGGCCGGGCAUCGUGGUCCGCCCUCCGCCGCGGCGGGGAGGGCCGGCUCCGGGACUCCCUCCCUGCGCCGCCUGCUUCCUCGUCCUGCUCUCCCCUUCCCGCCUGGAUUCCCCGCUACGCUGCCUGCAGGAGAACAGGCUCCGCUCCCUCCCUCCGCCGCACCUCCUCUGCUUUCCCGGGCACCGGACCCGGCUCCAACCCCCGCCCGGCGGCGGGGCGGAGGGAGGGGACAGGGGCCGGCCAGGAGGGGCGGGCGGAAGGGAGAGGAGGGGUCCGGCGUCCGGGGACGUCGCUACGUGCCUUCGGCGGCGGCCGGCGGACGCCGGAGGCAGCCGGACAUUUCUCCCAGUCGCUCCUGCCCUGGUCCCGCCGCGAGGAGCACGGUACCCCAGGGGCUUCGCCGGCGUCACGGCAGCAGGACUGCAUCGGGGACAGAGGGAUGCGGUCUGGGUGACCCGCAGCGGUGUUGGUGCUCCAGAAUCCGGGGAUAUCCUGGGUUAG